AUGGGGUUGAGUUUGACGGGCGUCACACCUUCAACCAACAGCAAUGAGCAGCUGUCUGCGAUAAACCACACCAUGUACACUAUCGCUCUUUUUGGGAAAAAAGCCACACUGAAGGACUUCAUCAUCAAGAAACUCAUAGAAAACCAGAACUUUAUCCCACUGUGCAGUGAAUGUGUCCUGGGCGAAGGUUCUGUGUUCAAGGUGGUCAGCGCUCCGGACUUCUUCGAUGGUGACUGUUGGUACCCAGACCAGUACGUCAUCGACUGCAUGGCGCUCUGCCUUCCUGGACCUCAUCUGCUCAUACUAGUCAUCGACUCCGACAACGCCCGUCAGGACCAGGUUAUUCGCCAAAUCAACGUACUCCGAUCUGCCUUCGGAAACCACGUCACAGAACACCUGGUGGUCACGUUACCGGACAUCGAGAGCUACUUGUCACUCAAUCACCUGGAGAAACGCUUCAACGUUGUGAUUGCCACUACUAACGAAAAACUGUCCGACGAAUGCAUCACGUGGUGUAAGAACCGAAAGCCCUUUCACUAUGACUUCAGGAACUACAGUCAGGAGGUCGUGAAGAGGAGGCGGGAGGUUUUAGUCAAGACAAGAACCUGUGACGUCCCUCUGGGUGAUGAUCGGAAAAGUGGAGGUGAAGCCAUGGCCCCGCCCACCCGACCACAGACAGAACCAGCUCCUGAACGCCCCAUGGAUCAGCGAUCCGAGUCUGACAACACCUUCAGCAUCAUCGUACUGGGUCGAACCGGGACGGGGAAGAGCGCCUCCGCCAACACCAUCCUCAACGCCGCGAACUCCGACACGGAGUUCACGCAACAUUUCAAGUCCGAGUUCAGCUCUGUUCCUGUUACCACCAAAUGUAGCGUCGUGGUGUUGAAGGAGUUUGGAACGUUGGUGAGAGUGGUCGACACUCCGGACUUUUUACACGAAGAACUGCGAGAUGAACAGGAGCAGCUGAAGGAGUGCAGGAAGUACUGCGGUCCGAUGGGGCGUUACGUGGUGUUGUUGGUCAUCAAACCCAGUCGCUUCACCGAAGGAGACAUAGGGAUGUUAGAAAUCCUGGAAACUAAACUGGGCUCCGGGAUCAGGAAGAACACCAUCCUCCUGCUGACGUUUGGAGAGCAGCUGGAAGAGGACCCCAAAAAAUACAUCAGCCGUAACGCCAACCUGAAGAAACUGUACGAACAGUGUGAUAAGCGAUUUCACGUGUUUCGCAACAAGUCGAGAAACACUCAACAGGUCGUAGAGCUCUUUAGGAAAAUCCCAAACUAUCAGAAAAUAUUCCCAAAGUUGGCCGAGAAAGGUCAGUGCAUUAUAUGUUGAUAGACCGAAGGUUCAGGUCCUACUCAGGACAGGACACAUCCCAGGUGUGGGACAGGGUGGACCAAGGUUCCACCAAGGCAACCAAGGUUCUAAUAGUUUUGGAUUUUUCAGUCUAGUUUAGUUUUAUUUGCUUUUGACUUUUUUUUCUCUAAUUCAGUUCGUUUUAAUUCGUUUUUA